CUGUUGCUGUUUUGCAGUGUGCACAUAUUUGUUUAAAUAUUUGCUGUUCGUGUUCAACACCGCAUAAUUUAACCGCGAUGAUAAAUAAUAAUUAAAUUGAUGAUUAAGCCUUGUCUUCGUUUAAUAAACGCUUUCUAUUAUCGGUCAUCUUUCACAUCCGCUGUAAUCUAUGUACCGCUGAUUGUCAAGAUAAAAUAAUGCCAUCAAUAGCUGGAAAGUAUCAACAUUAUAAAAAUGAGGAUGUUGAUGAUUAUUUCACUGCAGUAGGUGUACCAUUUAUGGGUCGGAAGAUGAUGGCCAUGUCAUCACCCCUCAUGGAAAUAACAGUAGAUGGAGAAAAUAUGAUCAUAAAAAAUUCUUCCUUGCUGCGGACAGUUGAGAUGAAAUACAAACUGGGCGAAGAAUAUGAAGAACGUAUGCCAAGCACAACCAUUAAGAGCAUUACAACUCUUGUAAAUGACAAUGAGCUUGUGACACAAUCUGUCAUUCCAGAGACUGGGGAUAAAUGCGGCAGACAUUACAUGUUCACUGACGAUGAAUGUAUUAUUACAUUGACUCAUGAAAAAGCAAAAACACCAGGAAAAAGGUAUUUCAGAAGAGUAAAGUCGUAAAUAGGUUUUUCAAUCACAAUUAUAUUAAUUUAAGAAGAAUCUUUAAUCGUCAGUCAAACUGGGACCUUUUAAGUUAUUUUUUUUAUAUUCAUAUACUAUAUCUACAUUCUUUU